UUUCCAUGGUGUUUUCCUAUAAGUUUACUAGAAAAUGGCCGUUGAAGUGUAUAAAGUUUAGGGUUUUAUACAAGAAUACAGGCACAUAUAGGUUGUGAGCACGACAAAAUGUCUAGAGCACAAGCCGAAAGCGUUAUAAAGAAUAUCAUCAGGGAAAUUGCCCAAGAAUGUGCAAAUAAGGGACAAGCCGUGUCGGAAACAUUGGUAGCCUUUAUGGUGAAAGCAGUUGUAUUAGACCCUGAUAACGAGUUUAAUGUUGAUCGCACAUUAACUAAAGAUGAUGUACAAAAACUAAUAAAGCUAUGCGUUGCAAGGUUGUUGGACUCCAACUCACCAGCUCUAGAUACUGUGAAGAUGCAAGUCUAUUUUGAUAUGAACUAUACCAGUAGAAGCGACUUCCUUGAAGAGCAUCGUCGUGUUUUGGAACAGCGUCUCUCGCCAGUUAUCCGAGAAAUCACAGACAGCAGAGCCAGAACAAGGGAUGAACUUGAAGCAUUGUACCGUAAAAUUGUUUCCUGCGUGCUACUCAGAUCAGGUCUUGGCUCUCCAACAGACAUCGGAGUUGUCAGGGAAGCAACAGCUGCACUUCAGAGUGUGUUCCCACAGACUGAGCUGGGAACGUUCAUGUCCUUGACCAAGAGAGACAAAGAACGUCAACUUAAUGAGCUGACACUGAUAGUUACAGGAAUAAGACUCUUCAAUAGAGAGUGUGGGAAAGGAGGAGAGGGAAUUGAUGAUUUACCAGCAAUCCUUCAUGAAGCAGUCCCUGCAACAACUCAGAAUGUACAGACAGAAAUACAGAAUACAACACAGCAAGCCUUCCUCUACACAGCUUUGUUGGAAAAGUCUGAGAAUGAUCAGAACAAGCUGGAGGGAAUAUCACUGAAACUGUUAAAGGAAUCAUUGAUCAACACCAGACAGCAUGAAGCAUUUCUCAAUGUUCUCCUGAAUGAUGUCAUUGGGUGCGCACAGCAGGUCGAAGCGCUUGAGUCGCAGUUUGCUGCCAGAAUGGAUGCCCUAAAGACCACUGUCCAGUCCAAAACAGCAGUCCCUACUGCACAAGUCUAUCCCCAGUUCAUCACUAUGGCACAUGUUUGGACUGGCUUUCAAGAUGAAAUGGUCUUGCUUAGUGUCCUGAGCAAUAUUCUGGCAAGUCUGGAGCCAUUUACCAAGGCUCAUAGAGAACUUUUGCCUGAAGAGUCGCUUGCUCUACAUACAGAUGGACUAGAGAUUAUCACCGAUGACCAAAGAAUUGCUGAGACUUCAGGUGAUGACUGCCGCGUUAACCCCAAGGAGAUCAGUAAUGAGAAGGUGGAAGUCUUGUUCCACGAGACCACCAAGAACUUUGAUAAGCUACCAAUACAGUACAGAGGCUUCUGUGCGUGGUCUUUAGUAGUGUUUGAUCGACUCCUCAUCACAUCUAACCCCGCCAUUGGGGUGCUCACCUACAAGGAUAACUACUACGCGUUCAGCAACAAGCAGGCCGCGCUCGAGUUCUCUAACGCCCCUGAUAGCUACAUUGCGGGUAUAGCUGAAGCAGCGAAGAGAUCUCCGGAACUGAUCCAGCUUCUAGAGCUGCACUCACAGUUUGCCUCCAUAACACCUUACACGCAACUCCGUGACCAGGGAAGAAUGAUCGAGGCGCCAAUUACCAAGUGCGACAGCGGCACGCAAACAGACACGCACUUUAUCGAGUCCAACAUCGUCAAGUCGUACGAGUGGAAUGAGUGGGAGCUACGCCGCAAAGCGCUCAAACUGGCCAAUCUUCGCACUAAACUUACUCAUUCGGUACAAACCAAUCUCAGCAACUACAGACGAGAUAAUGUCAGCCAAGUCUACUUGCCAAGGGAGGCUGGUACACAGACGAAACGCGACAACUCAUCGAACGUCCCCAAGCCCUCGCGGUUCAUCGCUGGUUUGCGCGGCUGCAACUCCACUAAGACAACAAUGAACCUUGUUGACUUGACCCUCGACGUCGACCAGACUUAAAAAUUACCAGGGUGGGGAGGGUGAAUGUUACAAGCUUGUAUAAUAGCCCCUACUAGGUGGGGGUGGGGGGAUUUUAAUCCUUGUGAAUGGGUAGGACAAGUUCUAGAAAUAUCUUUGUAAAAAUGGUGUUGUGACUUUGUAAAUAACUUGAUUUUGCUAUUAA